AUAUAGAAAAUUCUAAAGGGUUCACAAACUUUCAAGCACCACUGUAUAUAGCAUUUGUCCCAGCACCCCCCGGUUGUUUUACAUUGGACUAGUCCAUGAUCUGAUGACGCUGACAGGUGCGCGACGGAAAUUCAAACCAAAGCAGUGGGAACCGUAAACAAGAUGAAGCGCAGUUAUGAGAGUGUUUGCGCUAAACGAAAAAAAAAGGGCACAAAGCAAAAAUAACGCAGCUGCACUUCUGAAACUAACUACAUUUUUCAAAUCGCCUGAGUCUGCUACAGCCUCAACCUCCGCUGUUGAGGAAUGUGUUCGUGUAGUUUGGGUUCCAUACCUCUGCAUACCACCUUUCUAUGAAGACUUUGGAGAAGUCAGCAACAAAAUUUUUUGAGACCUAAGUGCGCGGGCCCCGGUUGAUUUGACGUGGAAUGACCCACCUGCUACCACUCCUCUCCCAUCAGCCAGGGCCUUAAGAGCUGUUUGGAGCUACUCCAGGACUGGCUCUCCUGCUGCACGUGCAGCUAGGAUCCUCCUAUAUCCUGUCCUGUUACUUCACCAACUGGGGACAGUAUAGACCUGGAGUCGGAAAGUACAUGCCCACCAAUAUUGACCCAUGCCUGUGUGACCAUCUGAUUUAUGCUUUUGCUGGAAUGAACAACAAUGAAAUUACAACAUAUGAGUGGGAUGAUGUGAAGCUUUAUGGAGAGUUCCAGGCCUUGAAGAACCAGAACAGCAACCUGAAGACCCUUCUGGCUAUCGGUGGCUGGAACUUUGGCACUGCCAAGUUCUCUGCUAUGGUGGCCACCUCUGCUACCCGUCAGACUUUCAUCAGCUCUGUGAUUAAGUUCCUGAGGCAGUAUGAGUUUGAUGGUCUGGACAUUGACUGGGAGUAUCCUGGUUCCCGUGGUAGCCCUUCUCAGGACAAACAACUCUUCACCACCUUGGUUCAGGAAAUGAUGGCUGCCUUUGUGGCUGAGGGCAAACAGACCAACCGUCCUCGUCUUUUGUUGACUGCUGCAGUCUCUGCUGGCAAAGCUACCAUCGACUCUGGAUACCAGAUCACUCAGAUUGGCCAGGUCCUGGACUACUUCCAUGUCAUGACCUAUGAUUUCUAUGGGUCUUGGGAGCACCAGACUGGUGAGAACAGCCCUCUGUAUGCUGGACCAUCUGACCAGGGAUCUUACUUGAAUGUGAACUAUGCUAUGAACUACUGGAAGAGCAAUGGUGCUCCUGCUGAGAAGCUUCUUGUUGGAUUCCCCACCUAUGGACACACCUUCAAGCUGGCUAGCUCUGCCAACACUGGUGUGGGAGCUCCCACUGCUGGACCUGGACCUGCUGGACCUUACACCAGACAAGCUGGAUUCUGGGCUUACUAUGAGAUCUGUAACUUCCUGUCUCAAGGAGCCACUCAGGCUUGGGAUACCCCUCAGGAUGUGCCAUAUGCCUACAACAGUCAGAAUGUUUGGGUUGGCUAUGACAACAUCAAGAGCUUCCAGAUCAAGCUUAACUGGUUGAAGGAAAACAACUUUGGAGGUGCGAUGGUGUGGUCUCUGGACCUGGAUGACUUCACUGGCACCUUCUGCAAACAGGGCAAAUACCCUUUGAUCAACACCAUCAAGAGUGGCCUGGGAACUGGCCAGAGACUGGCUCUCCUGCUGCACGUGCAGCUAGGAUCCUCCUAUAUCCUGUCCUGUUACUUCACCAACUGGGGACAGUAUAGACCUGGAGUCGGAAAGUACAUGCCCACCAAUAUUGACCCAUGCCUGUGUGACCAUCUGAUUUAUGCUUUUGCUGGAAUGAACAACAAUGAAAUUACAACAUAUGAGUGGGAUGAUGUGAAGCUUUAUGGAGAGUUCCAGGCCUUGAAGAACCAGAACAGCAACCUGAAGACCCUUCUGGCUAUCGGUGGCUGGAACUUCGGCACUGCCAAGUUCUCUGCUAUGGUGGCCACCUCUGCUACCCGUCAGACUUUCAUCAGCUCUGUGAUUAAGUUCCUGAGGCAGUAUGAGUUUGAUGGUCUGGACAUUGACUGGGAGUAUCCUGGUUCCCGUGGUAGCCCUUCUCAGGACAAACAACUCUUCACCACCUUGGUUCAGGAAAUGAUGGCUGCCUUUGUGGCUGAGGGCAAACAGACCAACCGUCCUCGUCUUUUGUUGACUGCUGCAGUCUCUGCUGGCAAAGCUACCAUCGACUCUGGAUACCAGAUCACUCAGAUUGGCCAGGUCCUGGACUACUUCCAUGUCAUGACCUAUGAUUUCUAUGGGUCUUGGGAGCACCAGACUGGUGAGAACAGCCCUCUGUAUGCUGGACCAUCUGACCAGGGAUCUUACUUGAAUGUGAACUAUGCUAUGAACUACUGGAAGAGCAAUGGUGCUCCUGCUGAGAAGCUUCUUGUUGGAUUCCCCACCUAUGGACACACCUUCAAGCUGGCUAGCUCUGCCAACACUGGUGUGGGAGCUCCCACUGCUGGACCUGGACCUGCUGGACCUUACACCAGACAAGCUGGAUUCUGGGCUUACUAUGAGAUCUGUAACUUCCUGUCUCAAGGAGCCACUCAGGCUUGGGAUACCCCUCAGGAUGUGCCAUAUGCCUACAACAGUCAGAAUGUUUGGGUUGGCUAUGACAACAUCAAGAGCUUCCAGAUCAAGCUUAACUGGUUGAAGGAAAACAACUUUGGAGGUGCGAUGGUGUGGUCUCUGGACCUGGAUGACUUCACUGGCACCUUCUGCAAACAGGGCAAAUACCCUUUGAUCAACACCAUCAAGAGUGGCCUGGGAACUGGCCAGAGACUGGCUCUCCUGCUGCACGUGCAGCUAGGAUCCUCCUAUAUCCUGUCCUGUUACUUCACCAACUGGGGACAGUAUAGACCUGGAGUUGGAAAGUACAUGCCCACCAAUAUUGACCCAUGCCUGUGUGACCAUCUGAUUUACGCUUUUGCUGGAAUGAACAACAAUGAAAUUACAACAUAUGAGUGGGAUGAUGUGAAGCUUUAUGGAGAGUUCCAGGCCUUGAAGAACCAGAACAGCAACCUGAAGACCCUUCUGGCUAUCGGUGGCUGGAACUUCGGCACUGCCAAGUUCUCUGCUAUGGUGGCCACCUCUGCUACCCGUCAGACUUUCAUCAGCUCUGUGAUUAAGUUCCUGAGGCAGUAUGAGUUUGAUGGUCUGGACAUUGACUGGGAGUAUCCUGGUUCCCGUGGUAGCCCUUCUCAGGACAAACAACUCUUCACCACCUUGGUUCAGGAAAUGAUGGCUGCCUUUGUAGCUGAGGGCAAACAGACCAACCGUCCUCGUCUUUUGUUGACUGCUGCAGUCUCUGCUGGCAAAGCUACCAUCGACUCUGGAUACCAGAUCGCUCAGAUUGGCCAGGUCCUGGACUACUUCCAUGUCAUGACCUAUGAUUUCUAUGGGUCUUGGGAGCACCAGACUGGUGAGAACAGCCCUCUGUAUGCUGGACCAUCUGACCAGGGAUCUUACUUGAAUGUGAACUAUGCUAUGAACUACUGGAAGAGCAAUGGUGCUCCUGCUGAGAAGCUUCUUGUUGGAUUCCCCACCUAUGGACACACCUUCAAGCUGGCUAGCUCUGCCAACACUGGUGUGGGAGCUCCCACUGCUGGACCUGGACCUGCUGGACCUUACACCAGACAAGCUGGAUUCUGGGCUUACUAUGAGAUCUGUAACUUCCUGUCUCAAGGAGCCACUCAGGCUUGGGAUACCCCUCAGGAUGUGCCAUAUGCCUACAACAGUCAGAAUGUUUGGGUUGGCUAUGACAACAUCAAGAGCUUCCAGAUCAAGCUUAACUGGUUGAAGGAAAACAACUUUGGAGGUGCGAUGGUGUGGUCUCUGGACCUGGAUGACUUCACUGGCACCUUCUGCAAACAGGGCAAAUACCCUUUGAUCAACACCAUCAAGAGUGGCCUGGGAACUGGCCAGAGACUGGCUCUCCUGCUGCACGUGCAGCUAGGAUCCUCCUAUAUCCUGUCCUGUUACUUCACCAACUGGGGACAGUAUAGACCUGGAGUCGGAAAGUACAUGCCCACCAAUAUUGACCCAUGCCUGUGUGACCAUCUGAUUUACGCUUUUGCUGGAAUGAACAACAAUGAAAUUACAACAUAUGAGUGGGAUGAUGUGAAGCUUUAUGGAGAGUUCCAGGCCUUGAAGAACCAGAACAGCAACCUGAAGACCCUUCUGGCUAUCGGUGGCUGGAACUUCGGCACUGCCAAGUUCUCUGCUAUGGUGGCCACCUCUGCUACCCGUCAGACUUUCAUCAGCUCUGUGAUUAAGUUCCUGAGGCAGUAUGAGUUUGAUGGUCUGGACAUUGACUGGGAGUAUCCUGGUUCCCGUGGUAGCCCUUCUCAGGACAAACAACUCUUCACCACCUUGGUUCAGGAAAUGAUGGCUGCCUUUGUAGCUGAGGGCAAACAGACCAACCGUCCUCGUCUUUUGUUGACUGCUGCAGUCUCUGCUGGCAAAGCUACCAUCGACUCUGGAUACCAGAUCGCUCAGAUUGGCCAGGUCCUGGACUACUUCCAUGUCAUGACCUAUGAUUUCUAUGGGUCUUGGGAGCACCAGACUGGUGAGAACAGCCCUCUGUAUGCUGGACCAUCUGACCAGGGAUCUUACUUGAAUGUGAACUAUGCUAUGAACUACUGGAAGAGCAAUGGUGCUCCUGCUGAGAAGCUUCUUGUUGGAUUCCCCACCUAUGGACACACCUUCAAGCUGGCUAGCUCUGCCAACACUGGUGUGGGAGCUCCCACUGCUGGACCUGGACCUGCUGGACCUUACACCAGACAAGCUGGAUUCUGGGCUUACUAUGAGAUCUGUAACUUCCUGUCUCAAGGAGCCACUCAGGCUUGGGAUACCCCUCAGGAUGUGCCAUAUGCCUACAACAGUCAGAAUGUUUGGGUUGGCUAUGACAACAUCAAGAGCUUCCAGAUCAAGCUUAACUGGUUGAAGGAAAACAACUUUGGAGGUGCGAUGGUGUGGUCUCUGGACCUGGAUGACUUCACUGGCACCUUCUGCAAACAGGGCAAAUACCCUUUGAUCAACACCAUCAAGAGUGGCCUGGGAACUGGCCAGAGACUGGCUCUCCUGCUGCACGUGCAGCUAGGAUCCUCCUAUAUCCUGUCCUGUUACUUCACCAACUGGGGACAGUAUAGACCUGGAGUCGGAAAGUACAUGCCCACCAAUAUUGACCCAUGCCUGUGUGACCAUCUGAUUUACGCUUUUGCUGGAAUGAACAACAAUGAAAUUGCAACAUAUGAGUGGGAUGAUGUGAAGCUUUAUGGAGAGUUCCAGGCCUUGAAGAACCAGAACAGCAACCUGAAGACCCUUCUGGCUAUCGGUGGCUGGAACUUCGGCACUGCCAAGUUCUCUGCUAUGGUGGCCACCUCUGCUACCCGUCAGACUUUCAUCAGCUCUGUGAUUAAGUUCCUGAGGCAGUAUGAGUUUGAUGGUCUGGACAUUGACUGGGAGUAUCCUGGUUCCCGUGGUAGCCCUUCUCAGGACAAACAACUCUUCACCACCUUGGUUCAGGAAAUGAUGGCUGCCUUUGUGGCUGAGGGCAAACAGACCAACCGUCCUCGUCUUUUGUUGACUGCUGCAGUCUCUGCUGGCAAAGCUACCAUCGACUCUGGAUACCAGAUCACUCAGAUUGGCCAGGUCCUGGACUACUUCCAUGUCAUGACCUAUGAUUUCUAUGGGUCUUGGGAGCACCAGACUGGUGAGAACAGCCCUCUGUAUGCUGGACCAUCUGACCAGGGAUCUUACUUGAAUGUGAACUAUGCUAUGAACUAUUGGAAGAGCAAUGGUGCUCCUGCUGAGAAGCUUCUUGUUGGAUUCCCCACCUAUGGACACACCUUCAAGCUGGCUAGCUCUGCCAACACUGGUGUGGGAGCUCCCACUGCUGGACCUGGACCUGCUGGACCUUACACCAGACAAGCUGGAUUCUGGGCUUACUAUGAGAUCUGUAACUUCCUGUCUCAAGGAGCCACUCAGGCUUGGGAUACCCCUCAGGAUGUGCCAUAUGCCUACAACAGUCAGAAUGUUUGGGUUGGCUAUGACAACAUCAAGAGCUUCCAGAUCAAGCUUAACUGGUUGAAGGAAAACAACUUUGGAGGUGCGAUGGUGUGGUCUCUGGACCUGGAUGACUUCACUGGCGCCUUCUGCAAACAGGGCAAAUACCCUUUGAUCAACACCAUCAAGAGUGGCCUGGGAAUUGGCCAGAGUUGCUCAGCUUCUUCCUACUCUGCUGCUAACCAGGACCUUGAGAGCUGCGUUUGCUCUUGCAGCUACUACUACUAUGACAGCUGCUCUUGCUCUUGCGGCUAUGGGUACUACUAUUAAAUCCAAGUCUAUAAAUCUGAAUCCCCAUAAGCUGCUCUUGUCCUGAUUGGUCUGAUUGCUUUUUAGUCAUGUUAAUCUAUAUUCUGAAACAAAGAUAAGCCAGCAAACUUACAUUGUAUGUGUGGUUUCAUCUGCUGAGUCAGGGAAAAAAUGUCCAUAUCUCAAGCUGCUAUAAGUCAGCCUGAAAAGCUGGUUAGCUAUCUGCUUCAGAGCUGCACACAGCAGGCCUGAAUGAGCUGCAAGCUCAGACAAUAACAAAGAUGCAUGUUUCCACUUCAACAAGACCUUGUGUUGUAGCUA